AUGGGGCCAAACGCGUUUAUUCCUGCGGAUUGUCCCUGCGGAUUGUCCCUGCUCAUAGCAGAGCUGAAUUCAAUUCCAAAAACUGUUCCCCUGAAUUUAUUAUCCCAGCUUCGACACAAAGUCCUUCGGAGCUCCACCAGUGCCAUCAGGAGUGUACACUUUUGUGGUGUUGGGACAUCCCUCAAGAAGUCGACUCUGCUGCCGCCAUUGAUGCCUAGUUCACAGCAUUUUCAUACCCUUCUUGGCUCAAGCCUUACUCGUCUCAAAUCAGGGGAUUCUCCACCAGCGUUCCUGUAUGACGAAGAAACUGCUGAAAGUCGCCGGCGUUUUCGUGUUAGAGAUCUUGUUCGUCGAUAUGGUCCUGAAACUCCAAAAGAGGAGUUGCUUCUGGAAGGUGGAGCUAUAGGGCGCUCAAUGACAUCACGAGCUGCUGACACUGUCCGUGGGUCUAUCGUUUGCUUAGCUUUCCUUCAAGAUUCAGAGGCACCUGUGGUAUUCUCUGGAACUGUUGUACGUUCAGAUGGUUUAGUUGCAACUUCCUCUAAUUGCUUGAGACAUCUCAAAGGCACCAAAUACAAGAUUGGUGUCAAGAUUCUGGGUUCUCCAAUGCCAAUGGCAUACAAGGGUGUCUUGCAUACUGAUUUUGCUUCCAAAAUAGCUUUUGUGAAGAUUUUACGGUGCGAAGAACAACUACCAGUACCAAAAUGUCGAGAGUUGGACUGUCUGGAAAAAGUAAGCGCUCAAGUGGUGGCUGCGGGCUGUACUCGGGUGUAUGGUUAUUGGUUGAAUGCAAUAUGUCCGAUCAUAUUUUUUUGCUAA